CAUCCGCGGUCUGACGUCAUUUGUGCUGCGAAGGCGCCUUUUCCAUGAAGAACGAUUACGUCACUGUGACCUGGUUAUUGAUGGAGACAACCUGUUCCACACUUUUGCCGACAAAUGCCGGGGAACAAGCACAGCCCUGGGAGCCGACUACUCGAUCUUCGCGAAGAACAUUGAGAUUUUCUUUUCGGACUUGAAAAGAUGCGGCAUCACCGCAAUAGUGUUGAUGGAUGCUGGGUGCUACGCCGAAAAGUGGAACACCAUCUUGGGAAGAGCCAAAGCGGAAACUGAGAAAUGCGUGCUGGCUUCGGAGCGUUCUGUGCCAGUCUCCGAGAGUCCUGCGGCGGCCGCCAACACAUCCGUGCGAGCCUCUGAAAUCCCCCUGCGGGCCUUUGACCUCGAGCAGACGGACGCAUGGUGCCAUCCGGUACUUCUCAGAUGCGUAUUUGUUGAGGUGCUGCGCAGACUGGGAGUGGCCGUGGUCCUGAGCUCCAUGGAGACGGACGAUGCGGCCGCGGAGCUAGCAGGCCGUCUGAACUGCCCCAUCCUUAGCAAUGAUUCGGACUUCUUCCUGCUGGACGUGCCUUGUGUACGCAUCACGCCAGAGCGCAGAGCAGAAAUCUCACUUCGCUCGAGGGACAAUAUCGGCUACUCUAUGAAGUUCUGUGUGUUCCGGUUACAGAGGCUUCUGGAGCACUGCGGUGUGGACUCGGCCAUGCUCGGUCUCGUGGCCACGCUACCGGGUAACGACUACUUUCCGGGCGAGCUCUUCCACCCGUUCUUCGAGUGGCUGACGGAGUCGCAGGCCGGGCACACAGAGAGACGGUGGUGCACCCCGCAGCAGGAGCGACUCGACACCAUGCUGGACUGGCUGGCCGGCCAGACAUCGCUCCAGGCAGCACUGGACAAGGUGCUGGAAACACUGCCUGAGGAGAAGCGUGAACACGUAGCGGACUACGUGACUACGUUCAACAAAAGCUCUAGGGAUGAGCAGAACCUCCAGUUUCUGCAGGACGGCCGCCCAGGCACCGCCAGCCGCGGCCCCGCAAGGUUCCACCUAGCCGCCACGCACCUGCACUACGAGCUGCAGUACGUGCACCUGAUGGCAAUUAGCAUCAACGCGCUGCUGAACAAGCCGCUGCCGACGCUUGAGGUCGCCUGCACACUGAAUGGCCCGUUGGCAUGA